GUUUUAAACACAUGAUUUCAAUGUUAUUAUCCAAUUGUUAAUGUAGAGAUUUUGAUUUCUGAAGGUUACUUCUCUUCUUUGCGCUUGAAAAAUGAAUGCGGGUUGGAAUAUUCCAGGAUUUGUAUCCUUGGGUCUGGUCAGCCAGAAUAAUUACGUGAAUGUUCCUCUGAAGAGCAUAAAAAUCAAGUGUAAGAUAGUCAAUAUGGUAGCAGAUGUGGAAGCGGUGUUUACCUACGAGAACUCCUUAAAAGACCCUCUGGAGGCGACAUUCAUUUUCCCACUAAAUGAUGCGUCUGUGUAUCACUUCGAGGCACAAAUAGGGGACAAAAAGAUAGUGUCUGUUUGUCGACCACGCCCAGAGGCGAAAGAAACGUAUGAUAGUGCCGUAGAAGAAGGACAUACGGCAAUUUUAGCUGAGCAGAGCGAACAUUGUUCUGACGUGUUUCAGAUGAACAUUGGUAACAUACCACCAAAUGGAACAGUCAUAUUGGUUCUCCGAUAUGUGAACGUACUGGAUGGAAAAAAUGUAGAAACUGAUGAGAAAAAAUUCAGCCACGCAGAAAUCACUCUUACUUUACCAAGUGUCAUCAAUCCACGGUAUUCUCCAAAAGAACAAAAAAUACCCAGUGAAUGUGGAGGCCUCAUGGAACCCGUUCUAGUGAAUUCUGUGCCUUACACAAUAACAUUUGAAGCUGAGUUAUCGAUGUCAAGCAAAAUUCUGGAUGUUAAAUCAACACAUGACCGUUUCAUUUUGGAUCGUUCAAAUGAUGUCUCCAAUGCAAAUGUUAAACUGGCUUCCGAAUUCAUACCUAAUCAUGAUCUUCAAAUGGUCAUAAGUCUUUCUGAUUCACUCAAGUCACUUGCUUCUCUGGAAUAUGGUGAUACAAAUGAAUCAUCGAUACUGGCCACAAACUGUUUAAUGGUACAGUUUUUACCCGAAUUUUCUGAGGUCAAUGCUACUAAGAAAAACAACAGUGAAAUUGUGUUUUUAAUCGAUCGUUCAGGCAGUAUGCAUGGUGAUAAUAUUUCUUACGCUAAAACCUCCUUACUUCUCUUCCUGAAGAGUUUACCUGUUAAAUGCCGCUUUCAAAUUAUUGGCUUUGGAUCUAGUUUUGAUUCCUUAUUUCCAGAACCAACAGACUAUUGUGAAGAAUCGUUAAAUAAAGCACUUAAAUAUCAGGAAGCAUUAGAGGCUGAUAUGGGUGGUACAGAAGUUUACAAUGCUUUAAAAUCAGCUCUUAAUUCAUCAACGAGUGGUGAAGGCUGGUUCAAGCAAAUCAUAUUUCUUACUGAUGGUGAUGUUAACAAUGCAGACGAAGUUAUUGGAUUAGUACGGAUGAACGCUCACAAAGCACGAGUCUUUACUAUCGGUCUCGGAGAAGGUGCAAGUACUGGGCUAGUGAAAGGUGUUGCUCGCGCCGGUAAUGGAACAGCAGCAUUUGUUCGUGACAAUUCUCAACUACAUUCAACAGUUAUGCGAAUUCUUACAGAUGCCCUACAACCAGAAGCUGAUAAUGUUAGCAUCGAUUGGAAGUUAACUGAGAAAUUACCUGAUGGCAAAGAGACACCAAUUGAAAUAGUUUCUGUUCCCAAACAAAUUGCUCCGUUGUUUUCGGGUCAUUUUGUCACAUACUUUGGUCUCUUUAAAUCUGAUAAACUUUCAACCGUUGGAGGACAAGUUAAUUUAAACUAUAGUCUGUUAGGUGAAAAGAAGACAUUAACUCUGGAUGUUUCGAAUGCAGUGGUGCGCAGAAACAACUCAGAUUCAUCUCACAACUUACCUAUUCAUCGUUUAGCAGGAAAUGUACAAAUUAAUGAACUUGUGGAUGAAUACCAUAGUAUUCAAUUGGCUGAAAAGGAUGAAACACACAAGAAAGCUCUGGAACCAAUACGUCAACAAGUUGAGGAUUUAUCAUGUCGACUUAAUAUAUUGACGAAGUUCACUGCAAUGGUAGCUGUAGAUCCCGAGAAGUUAGAUACCGAUGUAAAUACCAAAAGAGUCAAGGUGUCUGUACCUCUAAUGAGACGUUCUUGUGGGGGUGCUCCUUAUGCGGCAAUGGGAAUGGGGAUGCCUAUGGCGAAUUGUGGAAUUGACAUGAUAGAUUUCGCUUCGCCUGCAAGUGCAUGCUGUUUACGAACUGAUGGAGCUCAACCAGAGUGUUAUACCGGUUCAUUGGGCUUUGAAAUGGACGAAUGUGAUUCAGUAGCUUGUGACGAGUACGAUGCCUCAGAACAUUCAAAUGAAAACGUGGAAAAACAUAUACAACUUGCUAAAUUGCAAAGUUUCUCUGGCUUAUGGAAUUUCAAUACUUCUCUGUGUGAAUGCUUUGGAGUGCCUAUGGAUGAUCUCUCAACUCAUUUAAAAGAACCAGGCAAAUCUCCAUUUUUGACAGAAACCACAUGGGGAACUGCUUUGGCCAUAGCAUAUUUGGAGUCAUUUAUCCCAGAGAAGAAGGAUGAAUGGUGUCUAUUAGUUGAGAAGGCGAAAAAUUGGCUUUUAACACAAGCAGAGAGUCAUAAAGUUCCAUCAAAGAAACCCAGCGAACUGUGUGAUGAGCUUAUUGUGAAGGCGGAAGAUGCACUAACCAAAUUGUUGAAAAAAGCUACCUCCAGUUAGUUUCUCUGACAGAAAGAAGCUUCAUUUGCCUGCUUACUUGAUUUCUUUCUCAAUACUCUGUUUUUUUAAAUUAAUAUUUGAAAUCAUGUAUCUUUUAUUUUGAAAUACCUGACUUCUGAGUAUUGUUUUUUUAUAUUUUUACUCUGCUUUGUGAGGAUUUUAUUCUUUAACAAAAUGACACAUACAUGCGACGUAUUUUGUUUUUUUUUAUUCCUAACGCAAUUGCUCAUUUUAUAAUAAAUAUUUUGAGUAUA